GGCCGAGGAGCAGCGUGGCCGCUGCCCGCCGGGCGCGGAGGCCGCGGGGAGCCGGGGGAUGGCCUUGGUCCCCUACGAGGAGGGAGCGGGCUGGGUAGCGCGGCAGCUGCACAGCCCUUCGGCCACCUACCGCUUCGUCAGCCGCACCAUCCGCAUCAAGCAGGACUGGCGGCGGCUCGGGGUGGCGGCCGUGGUCUGGGAUGCGGCUGUUGUCCUGUGUGCUUAUCUGGAGAUGGGAGGCAUUGAUCUCAGGGAUCGCUCUGUGAUUGAGCUGGGAGCUGGAACUGGAUUGCUGGGAAUAGUGGCCACGUUAUUAGGUGCUCAUGUCACCAUCACAGACAGGGCAGCAGCACUGGAGUUCCUGGAGUCGAAUGUUGAGGCUAACUUACCUUCUGAACUACGUCCGAGAGCUGUGGUAAAGGAACUGACUUGGGGAAGAGACCUGGAUAACUUCCCCUCAGGAGCAUUUGACUUCAUCCUGGGGGCAGACAUAGUUUACCUGGAGGAAACUUUUGCAGAGCUGCUGCAGACACUGGAGCACUUGUGCUCAGAGCAAACUGUGAUUCUUCUUUCCUGCCGCAUCCGCUAUGAACGGGAUCACAGAUUCUUGAGGAUGCUGAGAGGCCGUUUCUCUGUAUCUGAGGUCUACUAUGAUUCCAGUAAGGAGGUUCAUAUCUAUAAAGCACAGAGGGGUAGUCACAAGGAUGACUUUUGACUCUCUGCUUUGUUAGUAAACCACUAAUGCUGUUCAAUCCUCCCCUUAUUUCUACUUGAUAUACUUGAGCAUGUAAUUGCAAUUGUGUUAUUUCACUGGCUUCUUGUUCUGAUGGUCUUGUCUGAUCAUUUGAUCUGAUACAGCAAGGAUUGUACUUCUGUGUAUUGAAUCUCCAUUUCUCAGUAGAGUUGUAUAGGGUCUUCCACUGACUUUUUACCAAAUGUAAUGUUUGAAACUGAUGUAAGUUGCAGAAAUCUCCAGGCAUCAAAAAAAGUCACCAAAAGAUCUGUUUAAAAAUCAAUCCACACUCAAUUUCUGUGAGAAGCCUAAAAAGAGAUUAGGGUGGGGGGUUCCCUCUUAUCACUUCCUUAACUCUUGAAAAGUAAAAGUGGGUAAAAUAGAUAAACUAAGACACCACCUCUAAAUGCUCUAACACUUCAGGCAUUCUGCAACUUGAAGAUUGUGGUAAAAGAAGCUACUUAAGGGAGAAAACAACAAAGGCAGCUGCUAUAAAGUGAUUCUGUUGCUGUCACUGCUGAAUUGAAGAGGCAUAGGGAAAAAAAGAACAAGAUUGGUGUGUAUAAACCAAUAUUGCAGAGUAAAUCAACUUAGAAAUCAGUGGUGUUUUUACCUGACUUGUAAACAUGGAGGCUAUGCCUGCAGUACCAAAGCAGUCAUAGGUCUUGAGUUGUCCCUAACAAGAAACCUUGCUUUCAUAUAGAUCAAGUCUCCUUUAAGCAUAUACACAUGUGCAUGUGCCAGCACAGAAAUUGACACAAGGAGACUCAAAGUCUUCUUUAAAUAUCAAAUUGAUCGUUGAUUCACAAAGUACUGUUAAAUCAUGUUCUGUCUGCCUCUGUGGCUCACUCUAUCUCCAAGAGCUGUUAUUUAGGAGCCUAAGGAGCAUGGGGUGCUGCUGUAAAGAUUUUGUAACUGGGGUGUACUUACUCUUGUAUUACUUGGGAGCAGUGUCUUUCUGUGCACAGUGUUCUAAGUAAACGAUUUCAUACCUUGA